ACGCGGGCUUCCAUCCCGGCGAUCCACCCAUCAACCACGGCGCGCCCGCGUUCUCCAACGGACUCCCUCGAGGAGGACGACAACUACACAGCUCCCCCACCGCACUCGCCCUCCCAAGCAUCUGCCUCGAGCUCCGCGUCCGUCAGCCCUCCACCUUUCUCCUCCCUCUUCGCCUCGACCGAGUCUAGUCGCCCUAAACUUACCGAGUCUCCCGGUCCCGCUUAUCUUCCAGCCUUUGCGCCGCCGCCACUCGUCGAGGAGCCUCUCGAUUCGGCCCCUUCGUCGGCGGUUGUCGCAGACACCAAAGCAUCCUUCUCCGAUCCUAAGGGGGACGGGCUUGGCAAGAGUACCGACGACGGGGAACCGCCGCCGCCGUAUACAGAAGGCUACAGUCCACUUGAAUCAUUUACAUACACGAUGGCUGCGGCAGGAGGUGCUUCAAGCAUCAUCACUCAGGUCCAGCAGGGUGGUGGACCGCCCAUCAACACGCUUGGAGAUAUUGGUGGUGAUGAACAUAUCACGCUAGAUCUCCGGGGUACCCGGUUCACACUGUCAAGAGAUGAGCUUUUGACACUACCAGAAUUCGUCUUGCUCUCCUUGUUUCCCAAUGGCCUUCUUCCAGAUGGCCACAUGGGUGGAUUCCACGAGGGCGACAUUUACCCCGUUGACUAUGACCCGGCAUCUCUUCAGUUCAUGCUAGACUUCUUCCGAUCUGUUGCGCAGUCCAUUCCCUCGUCACUGCCUUCUGCAUCCACAUCUCCUGACCUAGACGUUCCCGAUGUCAUGCAAAACCCGGCACGAGACAUGCUUCAGGAUCGCGCUGGAAUUAUCGUUCUUCGCGAGGACCUCGACUUCUAUGUUAUCCCGCCACGCCAAGACAUUGGCCAUGAUGAAAUGCUUGAAGUCAAGCGUGCUGCUGGCCGAGCUCUGCUGAAGCAGGAUGGCAUUUUCUCCGGCCUGCGCAAGAGCGAGGAGGUUGGCUCAACUGAACAGCACCUCAUUGAGAUGCUAACGGCAGGCGGGUUUGAUCGUGAGGAUCAUUGGGGGCACCGCGCCGCAGAGCCUAACAAGGCGGUGAUCUGCAGUCUGGCUUUGGCUAAGCUUCGGACCGACAUCCGUGGCGAUCUUUCCAACAACAGUUCUGUUGGUAUGGCUCAAAAGCUUCUGCUAUUCUGGCGAAAGCCUGCUCGUCGCUGCUGGUGGGAGGGUGUGGACCUUGACAACGUUGAGGGUGUUGAGGGUCAGGUUAAGGUCUGGAUCCGGAGGGUGUGGACCCUCGAAAUGAGUGUUAUUGGGCUGCGGUGA